AUGGGCGACGGCGACGCGACGACCGCGCCCGACGCCGUCCCCGAGGGCGCGACCCCGUUCCGCGUCCCCGAGGGCGCGACGUCGAUGGAGGUCCCGAAAGCGUUCAGCGCGCUGAAGGUGGUCCCGAAAGAGGGAGAGGCGAACGACGCGAACUUUCCUCCGCAUCUGCACGCCGCCGUGGAGCUCUUCUGCUUCGCGAAGAUGCCGGAGUGCGCGAAGAAACUCGCGACCGCGGUGAACGCGUACUUGGCCAUCUUGAGCGCGGGGCCGGACGGGAAAGGGACGAACGGCAUGGGCCAAGCCGCGGUGUGCUGGGAGUGCGGACACUGCGGCCUGCCGGGGAAUCAGGACGAGUGCGGGAAAGGGAAGGACGCGAAGUGCGGGGACUGCGGCUCGAGCGCGCAGACGAACAUGGUGAAGGUGACGCAGCCGGACGGGACGGUCGUGCCGUGGAUAGAGCCGAAGCAGGCGCCGGCGGGGAAGGCGGAGGAGGCGGCCGCGGCCGCGGACGCGUUGAGUUGA